CAAAACAUUCAGCCCACGCUGCGGAAACCCCCCCGCUCCCUCCGCUCCCCCCUUUUCCUGCCCCCCUCCCCGCCGCCCCAAACUGGACAUAAAAGCGAGUCCCAGCCCCAGCCCCGGGUGAGCAGCGUCCUCCCUGCACCCCAAAACCCCCGGGCGGGCAGAGGCAUCACCAGCUCUGCAGCCAUGGGGCCAAGCCCUGCUCCCGUGCUUGUCCUGGCUCUGCUGCUGCUGCUCUGGGCCCCAGUGGAUGGGCAGCCCCGGGGACGGAUCCUGAGGGGCUCUGAAGCCAAGCCCCACCUGAAGCCCUACAUGGCCUCGCUGCAGCUGGACGGGCAGCACGUCUGUGGGGGCUUCCUCAUCGCCCAGCAGUGGGUGCUGAGCGCUGCCCACUGCAUGGAGGAGACGGAUGGCAAACUCUUCCAGGUGCUGCUGGGUGCCCACUCGCUGACGCAGCCCGAGCCCCACAAACGCCUGUACCGAGUUCGUGCCCAGUUCCCCCACCCUGGCAGCAACAUCCACAACAACAAGGAUGACCUGCUCCUCCUCCAGCUGGAGGAGGAAGCGGAGCUGAACACGGACGUGCGGGUGCUGCCCUUCCAGCGGGAGGACAGGGACGUGGCGGCCGACACGGUGUGCGAGGUGGCGGGCUGGGGCACCACGGACCACAGCGGCACCCGGCCCGACAAACUGCAGCAGCUGGAGCGGCCGGUGAUCAGCCGGGACGUCUGCAACCACCGCACCCGCCACGACGGCACCAUCACCCCCAACAUGAUGUGCACCGACUCCCGCAGGAAGGACACCUGCAAGGGAGACUCCGGCGGGCCGCUGGUGUGCGGCGGGGUGGCCGAGGGAGUGCUCACGGCCGGCUCCCGCGUCUGCGGCAACUACAAGAAACCGGCCAUCUACACCCGCAUCGCCCCCUACGUGGGCUGGAUCGACAGCGUCAUGGCCUCUGCCGCCCAUGGGGAGGGGGACACCCGCUGAGGGCACCCCAGGGACCUGCUCCUUGCCAGGCUUGCUGCUGCCAGCACGGCCAGAGCACACCCAGCGCUGCUGUGCCAUGUGCCACGGGCUCCCACCGCUGCCCACCCCGCUGCCAGCGUGUCCCCACGAGCCUGGAGGAGGGCUGGGCCAGGGGACUGGUGAGGAACCAAGCAAGGGGGUCCCUGGCCCCCCACUCACAAAGCACAGGGCCCGGGUGGGGGAGAAUCGGGGGUCACAGCCCUCCAGAGGCUUUGCUGAAGGUGCCCAGAACGCUGCCUGCGACCGCUGCAAUAAAGUGAUGAUGAUGAUGAUUCCUGCA